AUGCCUCUCGCCAAACCAUCCAACACCGAUGCCCCUGUGCAUUCCCUCUUCUCCCUCAAGGGCAAAACCACCGCCGUGACAGGCGGUGUCCGAGGCAUCGGUCUCGCAGCCUCGCAAGCUCUCGCCGAAGCAGGCGCCAAUGUCGCCAUCCUCUACUCGAGCACCAAAGACGCCGACGCCAUCGCCGCGCGCAUCGCCUCCAGCACCGGCGCAACAGUAAAAGCCUACAAGGCUUCUGUCGAAAACAAAGACGAAAUAACUAGCGUCAUCAAUACAAUCGCAAAAGACUUUGGCGGCCUAGAUAUUGUCGUCGCGAAUGCAGGCAUCGCAAAUCAUCGUCCGGCUGAAGACUACACCGAGGAACAAUGGCGCCACAUCAUGUCCAUUAAUCUCGACGGCGCCUUCUACACCGCACAAGCCGCUGGCGUCAUCUUCAAAGCUCAGGGCCACGGCAACGUCAUUUUCACUGCCAGCGUCUCCGCCAUCUUGGUCAAUGUACCUCAGAAACAGGCUGCGUACAAUGCGUCCAAAGCGGCUGUCGUGCAGCUAGCGCGGUGUCUGAGUGUCGAGUGGGUGGACUUCGCGCGUGUUAAUUGUAUUUCUCCCGGGUUCAUAGAUACGGAUAUGCUGGAUGUGCAUCCGAGGGAGUGGAGGGAGAAGUGGUUGAGUAUGGUGCCUGCGGGGAGGCUAUGUGAUCCGGGUGAGUUGAAGGGGGCGUAUGUGUUUUUGGCGAGUGAUGCGAGUAGCUAUAUGACGGGUGCGAAUCUGGUUAUCGAUGGUGGUUAUACGUUGCCAUAG